AUGCCGGGGGGUAUGGGUGCUGGUAUGCCGGGGCAGUACCCCGGUGGCAUGGGCGGUUAUGGCGGAGGAGGAGGGGGAGGGAUGGGCGGGGGGCUGAACCCGAUGAUGACGGGCGGGGGGAUGAUGCCGGGUGUGCAGGGUAUGGGCGGUAUGGCUCAGGGUGGGAUGGGCAACUACUGCCAAGCUUUACACAACCUCGGCUACGACUACAACCCGCCCUCUCUUGGGUACACCGCCAAAGCCGACUGGUCCCCCUGGGACCUCGCCAACGCGCAGUAUAACGGCGCGCACCUCGAUAGAGGCUUUUUCGACAAUAUCGUAGGUCUUUGUCGUGAACAUCAAGCACUCAAGAAUCAGGCAAGCUUACAAGAUCCCCUUCUUCACCCCCACCCUCAUUCUUUUGAACGGCCGCAUACUCCACCAUCUCCUCUUCGACGCACUGAUACACCCCGCCGCACUCGCUUCGCGCUCGCCCUCGACUCGUCGGACGACCCACCGGCGGAACGGAAUAUCCUACCGUCGACGACGAUCCAAAAGAUCUCGACGUUGACCAACUUUUUUACGAGCCGUCAUCUCAGCGAAGAAUCUGCGAGAGACGCUCACCGCCGGGUGUACUACGCAAACGAAGGCGCCGACGCCGGCAACAAGACCCUCGGCGGCGCCGCCGCCUACCAAGCAUACCUUAUCUGGGACAGGGACCAUUAUUCGGCUUAUCAUGCGAAUCCGUCGCAGGAGAAUAGGGAGAGGCUUGUGGGGCUUGCUGUUGCUGAACUGUUCAGUCUAUGGGACAGAGUCAUGCCGAGGAGUACGAGGGCGAGUAUAGAGGAUGCUUCGCAGUAUGCGGCUGCGACUGCUAAACAUCUGUUUGAUCGGCACUACGACAUAGACCGAAACUACAACAACUAUACCCGGUCCAACGCGGGCGGGGGGUCGCACUACUACGGCUACAGAGACGACAGCGGGGCGUCGGAUGUUGAAGAACGAAAUCAUAGGAGGAGGAGUAUGUAUGGUCGUACUCAACCGCCGGGGGUUAUGGGUAUGAAUGGUGGACUUGGUCAGCAGAUGGGUGCUGGGCAGAUGGGCGCUGGGAUGGGCGCUGGGAUGGGUGGGAUGGGCAUGGGAAUGCAGCCUGGGAUGGGGGGAGCUAUGGGCGGGAUGGGAAUGUCUGGUAUGCCCGGUGGGAUGGGCGGUAUGGGCGGUAUGGGCGCUUAUGGCCCGGGCGCUGGUAUGGGCGGUAUGGGCGGAAUGGGCGGAAUGGGUCCGGGUAUGGGCGGUGGGAUGGGCGGAGGUUACGGCGGGGGAGGGGGAAUGGGAGGUAUGGGCGGCGGGAUGGGGGGGAUGGGUCUGGCACAAGGUAUGCCGCCUCAUGGUUCGUUUGGUGAAGGUCAAGCUGCUCCUGGCAUGCAUCCAUACCACUACGGCACCCAAUCGGGCGUCGCGUGGGGUAAUCAGCCGAUCGAUUCGGGGGGCAACAAUACGUUUCUGCAGGGGGGAGGGCAGAGGGGGUUUUAUGGGUAUGGACAGCCGCAGAGCAGGUACUUUUGA